AAAUGUCCCAAGCCGGGGGCAGUCGGUGCCGCUGGGGCAGCGGGAGCACGCCUGGCUAGUGGCGGUGUCAGCGGGGUGCUGGGCUCGAGUGCGGGGACUCUUCCUGGAAGAGCCAGAGCUGGCCCUGCAGCGAGACUUCAUGUCAGGCUUCACAGUCCUUCACUGGCUGGCCAAGCACGGUGAUGGGCCAGGCCUGCAGGAGCUGGCAACAGCGGCACGUCAGGCUGGGCUGGCCCUGGACGUGGAUGCCCUGGUGCUGCAGCUGGGGUGCCAGGUGCAGGUGCGGGACAGCAGCGGGCGCCGGCCCUGGGAGUACCUGGGCAGCUCCACCUCAGGGGAGAUCUGGCAGCUCCUGGAGGCACCCCGUGACACAGUUAUGUUCCCCACGCAGCCCCUGGCCCGCAGCGUGUCCUCCGUCAGCAAGGUCUCGCUGACUGCUGGCAGGGCAGCACUGCCCGCCUGCCUCAGGCUGGAGCACGGACAUCGGUCGGCAUCCCACCGAACUGGCAGCAAGUGUGACUGA